AUUUUUACUGCUAAAUUCGAAAGAUUUAUUGAAAAUUUUCUUCAUUAACACUGUUUAAAUUCGCUUAAAUAUAUACUUAUUACAGGUUUUACGUUCAUUGAAGGCGGUGUAUGAUCGACCCUAAUCUGCAAGAGGCUUCUUAUUGGUACAGAUCUCCCAGUUAUUGACCUAGAAGAUGUCAAGCUAUAUAAGGCAAGUUCAACGCGGAACUGGAAAGACAUUAGCUUCAUCCUUUCUGUAAAAUGAAGAACAGCUGGUUACAGAUAUUAGCCAUUGUAAUUCUGGCAUGUAAUACAUGUCGAAGCAGCACAUCGGCACAACAGUCGACGUUAGACAACUAUCAGCAAUUCCUAAAUGGAUAUCAGAAUCUAUACGGGAACAACUUCCACGUUCUAUCACCUUACCGAUACCAAACAAGUCCAGCCUACCGACCGGGGAUAACCACCAGGAUUAGGAACCUGAUGAAUGCCCUUUUCUUCCGAAGGGAUAAGAAGAAAUUCUAUCCGAACCACUACCUUUUUAACGGAUUCAAAAUGGAAAAUAUAGCAAAUUCCAAGCCCUUAUUUAUGUCGGAAAGCAGUUAUAAACCUCAGGUCAUACCCUAUAGACAACUACAGAAAUAUUUCAAACCGUAUCAGGGUGGUAACACACGAUACGUUCUGCCUCAGUCAGUAUAUGGCGCUCCCAGUUACUCGGCCGUUAAGGGUCAACCUAUCAGAACGAGUUACAAGGUGUCCAGUUAUCAAAAAACACCACAAAAACAAAAUUAUUCAAAGACCGGAUUCAGGCCCGUUUCUACUAACUAUAAGACCACAAUAUCAUCCAGUUAGGUGGUGUGACGAAUAAUCAGAUAAAUCCGAGUAACUAAGUUACCAACCCACUUCAGUCGAAUUUUUACCGGUUAUUUUCUUUAAUUAUUUAUUUAUA